AUGGCGCCUUGAACACAUUAUGGCGGGGUGCCGUUGUUUUUGAGAGUGUGUCGGUUUUUUGUCAAUGUGCUAGUCCUACGUUCCAGUGUCAGUUAUGGCUAAUGUAAAUUUAGAUAAAGAAGCAUUUCACAGACGCUUGAAGAAAUUGUACGCGGCAUGGAAAGAAUCCGACGGAGAAAAUGGGUUUUCAAAAAUGGAUGCUCUUGUAGCCGCUGUCGGCAAAGACGACGAGGUCGUUUACAGCAAGUCCGGGGCCCUCCACACCUGGCUCCUGGGUUACGAACUCACCGACACGAUAAUGGUACUUACGGAAUCGAAAAUUCAUUUCCUCGCCAGCAAGAAAAAGAUUGAUUUUCUACGACCAGCCGACACCAAGGAUGAGAACAACGUCCAGCUCUCGUUGAUAGUGAGGGACAAGGAUAAAGACGAGGCCAACUUUACGACGUUGAUAUCGUGUAUUAAGGAGAGCAAAAAGGGGAAAACGAUCGGCGUGUUCCCAAAGGACAAUUAUCCCGGGCCUUUGAUGGACUCAUGGCGGAAAGCAUUGAAGAAGGAGAAUUUCGAGAUGCUCGACAUCAGUUCGCCGAUCGCGUACCUCAUGGCGCCGAAAGAGGACGCCGAAAUUGUUACCAUCAAAAAAGCGUGUCUUGUCAGCGUGGACGUUUUCACGAAAUACUUAAAAGAUCAGAUAAUGGAGAUAAUCGACUCCGAUAGGAAAGUGAAGCACAGCAAACUGGCCGAAGGCGUUGAGUCUGCCAUCCAGGAUAAGAAGUAUGUGUCGGGCGUGGAUUUUAGCCAGAUAGAUAUGUGUUACCCGGCCAUAAUACAGUCGGGGGGAAACUACAGUUUAAAGUUCAGUGCGGUCAGUGAUAAAAACAAUUUACACUUCGGCGCCAUUAUAUGUUCCCUCGGGGCGAGGUACAAAUCAUACUGUUCCAACAUUGUCAGGACUUUGCUGGUGAACCCGAACGAUGUGAUUCAGGCGAAUUACAAUUUUUUGUUGCAAGUGGAGGAGGAGCUGCUUAAAAAGCUGCAGGCGGGCGUCAGGUUGUCGGAAGUGUACGAAACUGGGGUCCAAUAUGUUAAAAAAGAAAAGCCCGACUUGGUGGAUAAUUUAACGAAAAAUUUCGGCUUCGCGAUGGGCAUAGAGUUCAAGGAGAGCUCGCUGAUUAUCGGCCCCAAGAACGGUGUCCUCGCCAAGAAAGGCAUGGUUUUUAAUUUGAACGUGGGGUUUAGCAACUUACAAAACGGCGAGGCUUCAGAGAAGGAGGGCAAAACCUACGCGCUAUUCAUCGGCGACACCGUUAUGGUGAACGAGGGGCAGCCCGCUUCCACUUUGACAGUCAGCAAGAAGAAAAUCAAAAACAUCGGCAUAUUUUUGAAAGACGAUUCGGAGGAGGAGGAGGAGGACGCGGAAAAGGAAAAUGAACAGAAACCGGAAGUGUUGUCCGGCGGGCGUGCUCGCAGGACCGCCGUGUUGGAGUCGAAACUCAGAACCGAGCAUACUUCAGAGGAGAAACGGAAAGAGCAUCAGCGGGAGCUCGCGGCGCAAUUGAACGAGAAGGCCAAAGAGAGGCUUGCCAAACAGAGCGGCUCGAAAGACGUAGAAAAGGUCAGGAAGAAUACCGUGUCCUACAAGAAUGUCAAUCAGAUGCCGAAAGUGCCCGAGAUUAAGGAGAUGAAAAUUUUCGUGGACCAGAAGUACGAGACGGUGAUACUUCCGAUUUACGGCGUUGCCGUCCCGUUUCACAUUUCCACAAUCAAGAAUAUCUCGCAAUCGGUGGAGGGCGAUUACACUUACCUCCGUAUCAAUUUUUUCCAUCCAGGGUCCACGAUGGGCAAGAGCGAUAGCGGCAACUACCAGCAGCCCGAGUCGACGUUCGUUAAAGAGGUAACGUACCGCAGCACCAACACCAAAGAACCGGGCGAGAUAUCCCCGCCCUCGUCCAACCUCAACACCGCGUUCCGUCUGAUCAAGGAGGUGCAGCGGAAGUUCAAGACGCGCGAGGCGGAAGAGAAGGAAAAAGAGGACCUCGUGAAACAGGACAGCCUCGUGCUGUCCCAAAACAAGGGCAAUCCCAAAUUGAAAGACCUCUACAUACGACCCAACAUUGUGUCGAAACGUAUGACGGGCAGCCUCGAGGCCCACACCAACGGUUUCCGUUACACGUCGGUCCGCGGCGACAAAGUGGACAUCCUCUACAACAACAUCAAGAACGCGUUCUUUCAACCUUGCGACGGCGAGAUGAUCAUCCUGCUUCACUUUCACCUCAAACACGCGAUCAUGUUCGGCAAAAAGAAGCACGUGGACGUGCAGUUUUACACGGAGGUCGGCGAGAUCACCACCGAUUUGGGGAAACACCAACACAUGCACGAUCGGGAGGAUAUCGCGGCAGAGCAGUCGGAACGCGAGCUGCGGCACAAGCUCAAGACCGCGUUCAAGAGUUUUUGCGAGAAGGUCGAGUCGAUGACGAAGCAGGAGAUCGAGUUCGACACGCCGUUCCGCGAACUAGGGUUCCCUGGGGCGCCGUUCCGUUCGACGGUGCUGCUCCAACCGACCAGCGGUUGCCUGGUGAACCUGACAGAGUGGCCACCUUUCGUCAUCACCUUAGAGGACGUCGAACUGGUGCAUUUCGAGCGCGUCCAGUUUCACCUGAAGAACUUCGACAUGGUGUUCGUGUUCAAGGACUACCACAGGAAGAUCGCGAUGGUGAACGCGAUCCCGAUGAACAUGCUCGACCACGUCAAGGAGUGGCUCAACUCGUGCGAUAUUAGAUACUCUGAGGGAGUGCAAUCUCUAAACUGGGCGAAAAUCAUGAAAACCAUCACCGACGACCCAGACGGGUUCUUCGAGAGCGGCGGCUGGACGUUCCUGGACCCGGAAUCGGACGUCGAGGAGGCCCAAGAGGAAGAGACCGAGGACGAGGACGAAGUCUACCAGCCUUCGGACCUCGAGUCCGGUUCGGAGGAGAGUGACGAGGACUCCGAAUAUUCCGAGGGCGACACGGAGGAGAGCGAGAGCGGAUCUGAAGGCGACGAACUGGGAUCGGAGGAGGAAUCAGGGAAGGACUGGUCGGAUUUGGAGAAGGAGGCGGCGGAGGAGGACAACCAGCGGGCCUACGACGAUUUCGACGGCCAGAAGUCGGGCGGUCGGAACAAGUUUUCGUCGAAGAGUAAGGGCUCGUCGUCGUCCUCGUCGAAGGGCAAACAUUCCGGUUCGGGCGGCUCGAAGCACAACAGCAGCGGUCACAAGGGCGGCAGCUCGGGCAGGCACAACAGCAGCGGCAGCAGUCGUGACAGAGACAGAGAUCGCGGCAAAGACAAGCACCGGCAUUCGUCGUCGUCUGGCUCGAAGCACAAGUCGUCGUCGGCGUCGGGGCACUCGAAGUCGUCGCCGUCGAAGGACAAGAGCCGCCACGGUUCGUCAUCCUCGCAUAACGACAAAAAGAGGAGCCGAUCGCAUAGCGGGGACCGGCACAAGGCCAAAAAAUCGAGGAAAUAAAUAUUUUUUUAUCGAUUUUCUACGUUAUUUAAGGAGUACAUUUGUAAGUUUUCUUUUUUUUUUUUUCGCUUAGCCUUCUACUUGUUAAGUUGUCUUUAAACGAUCGAUCAUUAAACAUUGGUUCUUUUAAA